AAUCAGCCUCCACCUCCACGCGUCAUUCUCCGUGCGUUUUCCAAGCGGAAGAAAGAAAAGAAUUACCUAGGCGUCAUUCUCUGCGUCGACCCAAUUUCCAGCGGAAGCUUCCUUUUCUGGCCUUUCCAUCUUCGUCGGGAGAAAUCAGCAAUUUUCCAUCUUCGUCGUCUUUCCAUCUUCGCCUUUCCUUUUCUCCCGUGCGUUUUCCAUCUUCGUCUCGCGGAUCAAACAUUAGGUAUUUUUCCAUCUCCAUUUUGAACAAGGAAAGACUUCAAAUUAGGUAUUUUUUUCCCUUAAAAUUUUUGGGUAUUACUCUGGAGCAAAAUCUGGAGAACCAGCUAUUCCCCUCUGCGAUUUCAUUGGCAAACACCAGCGCGCAAAACCAUCGGCAAGAAAAAUCUCUAAGGAAUUGAGGAACGGACGACGGAGAACCUCCAUCUCCCAUCUUUUGACCCGUACAACAGUGAUUCUCCAGGGAACAACGUUUGUGAAAUCUCGAAUCCUAAUCAGAUCUGUUUUCCUAUUGAUGAUGGAUACUAAAAUCUCUUAGCACUGCAAAUGCUGUGAAUUGGCCAUAUCAUCAAGUUUGAUGCCCAGGCUUCAACGGAUGAAUUUUGAAUUUUGCUUUUGUUUAUAAACAUCCAAAAUAGCCCUAUAAGCAUUUUGAGGGAUCUCCAACUGCUUCGACUCCGUGUCUGUAGAAUUCUCAAUCUCAAACCACAACCCGCUGUUCAGAGGCAAAUCUCUCAAAACAGGAAGGAUCAAAUCAGGGAUGUGAUUGAAGGGUAUAGUUUCAGAAAUUUUGAUAAGAUUCAAGGUAACCGAUAUGGUCACGGAUGCUAUUAUAGAGGGGUCUCUGCCAUGUUGACGAAGAGCACUAUUAAACCCCAAAAUGAGAAUUUGAUUGAAGCUUUUGUAGAAUUUGAUGAUAGUUGGCUGGAACAAAGUGUGGAUGAUAUGACAAAUGUCACACAGAAUGAAGCAAAAUCCUUUCCUUCUUUGUUCCCGGAUUCAUUUCCUUCUUUGAUGCCAACACAUCAACGAACGGUUUGUGUUCUUGACUACAUUUCAAAAGGAGACCAUCAAAGACAAGAAAAGAUGGUGUGCUUGCAUUGGCAACUCUAUAUGCUGAUCUUCAAAUGUGAAACUCUAUUUUCUAAAUUGUAAUAGGACUACAUAGUUUUAGUUUCCUAAGCGUGUUUAUACUUAACUGGUUUUUGGAAAUCAUAUUAUUGUGUAUAUUAUUUGAUUAGAGACAUUUUCUCUUUUAUGUAAUUCAAUAGUUAAUGUGUUUUAUUUUAACAUUUUAAACAAUUGAAUAAUAUUUACCCUUUUUA